AUGUUGUUCGUCGUCGUGUUCUUCAUACUUAGUUGUACAUCAGGUGAAAGUUAUGAUUUAUUCCCAGGAAAUAUUCAUCGUUGUCAAGCAAUUCCAUCGAAUUUUACAUUAUGUUAUGGACUUGGUUAUACACAAAUGCAUUUACCAAAUUUACUUAAUCAUGAAAGUAUAACUGAAAUACUUUAUGAAUUACCAUUAUGGCAAUCACUUCUUAGUUUGGGAUGUCAUUCAAAUGCACGAUUAUUACUUUGUUCAAUAUUAGCUCCUGUUUGUCUUCAACAAACACCAGAAAAAGCUUCACUUGUUUCGUUUGAUAAUAAUCAAGAUUCAAUAUAUACAAUCACACAUGAUAAUAAAAAAUUUAUAUAUCCUUGUCGUACACUUUGUGAAUCAGUUAAACAAAGUUGUGAACCAAGAAUGAUUACUCAAUUUGGAUAUAAAUGGCCUACUAUGAUUUCAUGUGAUCAAUAUCCAGCAGAAACAGAAUUAUGUGUAUCUCAUUCAUCAUCAUCAACAACAACUACAACUGCAACAACAACAACAAUAACAACAACAAAACAAACUGUUCCAUCAACAACAAUCGCUAAAACUGAUCUAUGUUCAAUGUGUAAAUCACGUGCAAGUAUAAGUGAUUUACUUAAUGAUUAUUGUCGUUCAUCAAUUGUAAUCCGUACACGUCCAAUUAAAAAUUCAUUAGUAUCGGAAAAUAAUUAUAUAUUUGCAAAUAAACAUAAAGUUCGAUAUUUUAAACAAUCCGGUACAAAUGAAACUAAUUUUGAUUUACCAAUUAAAAAUUGUUCAUGUAUUAAAUUAUAUUCACCAAUUAUUUUAUUUCUUUCAUCAAAUGGUGAAAUUAUUCGAUUUAUUUCUGUUAAACGAAAUCCAUAUGUUUUUAAAAGAUUUCGAAAUACAAUUGUUUUACGUAAACCUCGUUGUCAAUCUCGAUUAUAA